AUGACUGGUGUGCAAGGCGUGAAGUCAUUGGCCGGGCGCUCGCUCAUGUCCAUUGCGGACCUCAGCAAAGCGGAGCUCAUCGAGCUGCUGGACUGCUCGAUCGCCCUCAAGAAAGCCUUCAAGGACAGCAGCAGCGGUAUCGAGAAGGAGCAGAAGCUGAUCGGCAAGUCCGUGGCGAUGAUCUUUCAGAAGCGCUCGACCCGCACGCGCGUGUCGACGGAGACCGGAAUGGGCCUCCUCGGGGGCAGAGCCCUCUUCCUCGGCCCCACCGACAUUCAGCUCGGCGUCAACGAGUCCAUGAAGGACACGGCGAAGGUCUUGUCCGGUUUCAACAGCCUCCUGUUGGCCCGCGUGAACGACCAUGCCGACGUGGAGGAGCUCAAGGCAGAGGCGCGCGUGCCAGUCAUCAACGCGCUGUCGGACCUGCACCACCCCCUGCAGACGCUCGCCGACCUCAUGACUAUUCAGGAGCGGUUCGGGAAGCUCGAGGGGCUCACGUUUACGUGGGUAGGGGACGGAAACAACGUCCUGCACGACCUCAUGCUCGGAGCAGCCAAGCUGGCCAUCAACCUCCGGAUCGCGACUCCGGAGGGCUACCGCCCGGACCCGGCGGUGACCGCUAUGACCGAGGCGCUGGCAAAGGAGAGCGGAUCGUCUGUGUUGAUCACGGCAGACCCCAAGGAGGCGGUGACGGGAACACACGUUGUGGCGACGGACACGUGGGUGAGCAUGGGGCAGGAGGAGGAGGCUGCCAAGAGGAUCAAAGACUACGAGGGAUACCAGGUGACGGAUGAGCUCAUGUCCCUCGCAGCUGACGACGCCAUUUUCAUGCACUGCUUGCCCCGGCACAAGGAAGAGGUGGACGAUGCGGUCUUCUACUCGGAGCGAUCUGUGGUGUUCCCAGAAGCCGAGAACCGCAUGUGGACCGUCAUGGCGCUCAUGCAGUCCAUGUUGGACAUGUAAACGCCUUUCCUUCGUCCAACACCAUAUUCAAGGAAGCCGGACAUGUGUCUGUUUGCCAUGUCAUCCCGAAUUUUGACGGGGCAAGGACUAAACUAGAAUCCCAAAGCUUGUUGGCAUGGUGCGCUUGCGCCCGGCGCAUUUUCACGGAAAUGCCGCCUCGAGAAGCCCGGUUGAUUUAGUGUUUUGUCGCGGGGUUUUCCAGACGUACGCCGUUUUGAUUUUUUUUUUUUCGGGGGGGGGGUUCCAGACGUGAGCAGGUGUGAUUGGCUGGCAUUAGACAAACCGCCACCGUUUUUUGGCCCUUCCAUGUAGAACGGCUAUUAAUAGGUGCCCUGCUAGAAGGAAACCCCCGGGUCGUAUGCAUAAAUAAGUAAAAAGUUCGAGAGACUCGUACCACCCGGCGUGAUCUGUCUCGUUGGCGCACGCACUGCUGUUAUUUUAGAGGUGAUAGCCGAGAGCAGCAGCUCCUGAGACAAACCGAGUCGCAGUUUCAAGCAGACUGCAACCUUGUCUUUGCCAUUCGAGCCUCUUCGCAUCUGAUUUUGUUCUUCGCGCAAACUUCGGAGUCGGCUACGAAGUUUUGCUUUCGAAAGAUCAUUUUGGGGUUGGUUUCUGACGCCUGUUUCGCAACGUCGAAACCAAAGAAGCAGAGGAUGGAUGAUUUCCCGGCGUUCAUCUGCGUUGAUGAGCUGCAACUAGCUGCUUGACGGAAAGCCCCCCGCAGCCAGCCUACAGGUUGCAUAAUCGUAGCGUAAGGUCGACGGCAGAGAUCUCAGAUCACAUCGAGAGACAGCGGCUGCCGCUCUCGAGAACGGACGGUUGUCCCUCGAGAUUGAUAUUAUGCUAUUAUGUACAG